AUGCUAUUUUUGAGCCGUUUUUAUGGUUCAAGUUUUGUGUGUAGUGGCUUGAAGUUAUGUUGCGGUACGGGCAAUAGUCCGUUUUUGUUUGCUAUAGAGGUUUGUGGUAGCAGUAGGUUUAUGUCGAGUGUAUGUUGUGGAGCAGCAGCAUGUUGGAGGCUGCAGGAAAUGCGUACGGUUGAGCAGGUUUUUUGUGUGAAGGUUUUGUAUGGGGUAGCAGAUCAUACCGUUGAUGCAAGAAUUGUGGCACGCAGGUCGUACCAUUUUUGUGUAUUCCUUUUGCAAAUCAGGCUUUGUUGGAGAUGGAAACUUGGUUAA